UUUAGAUAUGACGAUCGCUUUCUCGCAUUUCGUGGGGAAAGCUAUCAUGGCUUCCUCCUCUUCUACGUCAAUUCCUGAUUUUCCGUCGAUUCCUUCUCCACGUCCGCCGCCAGUGUUAUUGACGCAGGACGAGUUGAAGCGAAUCGCUGCAUUUAAGGCGGUUGAGUUCGUGGAAUCGGGAAUGGUUUUAGGGCUGGGAACUGGGUCUACGGCUAAGUUUGCGGUGGAGCGAAUAGGAGAGCUUCUGCAAGAGGGGAAACUGAAGAACAUCGUUGGAAUACCCACUUCUAAGAAAACCCAUGAACAGGCGAUGUCGUUAGGGAUUCCUCUUUCGGAUCUUGAUUCGCUUCCAGUGAUUGAUCUUGCCAUUGAUGGUGCCGAUGAGGUUGAUCCUUAUCUCAAUCUCGUUAAGGGUCGAGGUGGGUCUCUGCUGAGGGAGAAGAUGGUUGAGGGAGCUUGCAGGAAGUUUAUCGUCAUUGUCGAUGAGUCGAAGCUGGUACCCUAUUUGGGUGGUAGCCUUCUUGCUAUGCCAGUUGAGAUUGUGCCUUUCUGCUGGAAGUUCACGACAGAGAAGUUACAGAGGUUGUUUGAAGACUCUGGUUGUGUUGCAAAGCUUAGAACUUGUGGGGAAAGUGAUGAGCCGUUCGUGACGGAUAAUGGGAAUUAUAUUGUGGAAUCGUAUUUUGAGAAGGAAAUUGGGGAUCUAAAUUCUGCUAGUGAUUCAAUUCUGCGACUUACAGGUGUUGUUGAGCAUGGGAUGUUUCUCAACAUGGCUACCACUGUGAUUGUUGCUGGCGAGCUAGGAGUCACAGUGAAGAACUAGUAGGCUUUAGAAGAUGGUUCCCUUGACAAAAUUCAUUUCCCUCAGUAUCAAUUUAAUUAUUACUGGGGCGUUUUUCAUGAAAGUUUGGAUCUGUAAUGUGAUCCUUCUCUAUUUUUCUGUUAAUAUGUGGACAAAUAUUAGGUAUGUCUUCAUAAGGUGGGAAGACCGAGC